AUGAGCGGCCGCUUUGUGGACUAUUUCGCGGUGUGUGGACUGGACCCGGAGCUGGAGCUGGACGAGGUCAGAGUUCUGCAGCAGCGGUUGGAGCCCAACCAGAACGAAGAGCCACAGAACCAUACAGAUCUGCUCCACAGAACGUUUCGCUCCAGAGUUUUGGCUCAUUUCCCAGAGAACGUGGAGGGGAACCCCUUUGACCCGGACGCUGUGAAUAUGCUCUCAGUCCCAGGAGGUCUGAGGUUCUGGUCUCAGCCUCAGGCUCCUCGCUUCCACAGUUUCCUGAUCACGAGGGAGGACUACAGCCGCACCUACGGCUUUGUGCUGACCUUCUCUGAGCGAGUCCAGACCCAGGCCAGGACCCAGACCCAGACCUUGUCCAGAGACCAGGGCAGGGACCAGGGCGGAGACCAGGGCCCGUGCUCCUCCUGGUCCCUGGACUCGUUGCUGGUCUCCCUGGGUGAGGACCAGGUGUACGUGUGUAAGGCGUUGGUCAUCCUGGCACCGCUGCCUUUUAUGGGCGUGUACCGGAACUUCCUGUGGCAGCUGCACCGAGCCGUAACCGCGGAAACCAGCCCCCCCCUCCCCCUGGAGAGCUACAUCUACAACCUGCUGUACGAGGUGCCGCUGCCCCCUCCUGGCCUCUCGGUGCAGGUGCAGGGUGUGUAUGAGCCUGUGUGUGUGACAGUGGGUUUCCUCCAGGUGCCGCUGCCCCCUCCUGGCCUCUCGGUGCAGGUGCAGGGUGUGUAUGAGCCUGUGUGUGUGACAGUGGGUUUCCUCCAGGUGCCGCUGCCCCCUCCUGGCCUCUCGGUGCAGGUGCAGGGUGUGUAUGAGCCUGUGUGGUGUCACCGUCCCGGGACAGCAGAGCUCCCCCUGCUGGACUUCUCUGUGAGUGACGCUCUGCUGCGGCUGGGACCACAGCAGCUGCUGCAGGUGUUCAGCUGCCUGCUGCUGGAGCAUCAGGUGCUGCUGUACUCUCAGGAUCCUCAGCUCCUCGUGGUCGUGGGGGAGGUCAUGUGUUCGCUGCUCUUCCCGUUCCAGUGGCAGCAUGUGUACGUGCCUCUGCUGCCGGCCGCUCUCUCACACUUCCUGGACGCUCCUGUCCCUUAUCUGAUGGGACUCCAGGGACAAGACCGAUCCCAGCUGGACCUGCCGCAAGAGGCCAACCUGUGCUUCGUGGACCUGGAUAAUAGUUCCGUGGACGUCCCUGAGGACUUCCCUCAGUUCCCGCUUCAGGAGGAACUCAUCCUGGAGCUGAAGGACAUUCUCCAGCGACACUCUGCCCCAGAGACCAGCUCAGGUCCUGGUCCUCCCCCUCUGGACCCCCUCAGUCUCCAGGACCAGUGUAACGGGAACGUCCCCUCUGAGGUCCUGGAUUUGCUGCAGAAGAACCAGACCCUGCAGCGUCUGGAGGCCCUGACCCGGCGAGCCCGAGUCUCUGUGACCCAGCAGGAGGGGCGGGGCCUGAGUGGUCGGCUGCAGCAGGAGAAGAAGGCGGCCAUCUUGAACACGCAGCUCAGAGAAGUGUUCGCCGCACGCUUCGUCGCCAUGUUCUGUGACUACGACGCCUUCGUGAUCCACAGCUGCUCAGACCUACACAGCUGGCUCACUGCACGAGAGAACAUGCACAACUUUGACAAGGCCUCCUUCCUGUCGGAGCAGCCUGAGCACCUCCUCCCGUUCCUCGCUCGCUUCAUUGAGACUCAGAUGUUCGCCUCCUUCAUCGACAACAAGAUCAUGUCUCAGUGGAACCAGCAGGAGGCGCAGCUGAGGCUGUUCGACCAGCGCAUACAGACCAGAAGGCUCUACCAGCAACGGGCCACCACCUACCAGCUGCAGCAGGCUGUCCAGGCGGUGGAGCAGAGGUACCAGAGGGUGGCCCACACAGCUGUGCUCCCUCACCUCCUCAGGAUGAGGAUCGGACAAGGACGCUUCACUCCAGGGACCUUCCCCAGACUGCAGCAGGAGGUCCUCAAGGCCCCCACCACCAGGUGA